AUGGAAACAUACCAAACUCCGUCUAUUGAGAGCUUUUCAUAUAGUUGGUUAGCAAACAUGAAUACAUCCUUUCAAAGCCCAGGACGCUCCUUCGGAGAUUCACUUGAUGCAUAUGAUAAAGCCUCAUUCAUAGAAAUGGACCCACAGUUAUCUUCCUCCAAGAGACUCUUUAAAGUUUCGCAGGAUUUUGAUUUUCCUAUGCCAGAGGAUUUUGAUUUUCCUAUGACAGAGGCUCCUAUGGGUCUUGUUGAUGCCGAUAAGCUGAUUUUGAAUGGCUUCAUAGUGCCUGUUUUUGUAAACCAAGUGAAGGCAGAUGCAUAUGAUGCUUCUAAGGAUCCCAUUCCAUCUUCUGCUUCCGCUUCCUCUUCCUCAAAAAAGUUGCGCUCAGUCUCGGAUUCAGGUAACAGGACUCGUUGUUCAUCAUUAAAGAAGUGUCGAAAAUUAUCAAGGCAGAUAUUCUUGAAGUAUUUGGAUCUUUUUAAGCCACUUUGCCAGAGAGGCUCUAGAGUUGGAACUUUUACAGCAAGACUGCAUGGAGAAAGAAACUGGGAGACUGCAUGGAGAAAGAAACUGGGAUUGUUCAGCUUCAACAUCUCCGCGAGUAAGGGUUGCAAACUCAAGUGA